CACACAGGCACACAGCCUGCCCAAGAUGCCGCGAUCCGAGGCCACGGCCACGCUGCUGCUCGCCGUCUCGCUCUGCCUCGCGGCGUGCUGCUUGUCCCCUUGCACAUUGGCGGCGGCGGCACCCAAGGGCGGCAAGCCCCUGGUCACGGCCAUCACCAAGGACCCCGCCACCUCGCUCUACACCUCCCCGCUCAAGGACAGCCGCCAGCUCGUCCUCGACCUCUCCGGCCCGCUCAUCUGGUACACCUGCGACCGCCCCCACCCGACGCUCCAGUGCCAUCACCAUGACUGCGCCCACGCCCACAGCUACCACCCGCCCGACUGCCCGCACACCGGCCACGGCGUCCCCGACGAGGAGGACCCGUUCCGGUGCAAGUGCACGGCGCACCCCUACAACCCCUUCGCCGGCAAGUCCGCCACGGGCGACCUGACGCGCACCGCGCUCUCCGCCAACGCCACCGACGGCAAGAACCCGCUGCACCCGGUCUCCUUCCCGGCCGUCGCCUCCUGCGCGCCGCCCUCGCACCUCGCCAAGCUCCCCGCCGGCGCGGUCGGCGUCGCAGGGCUCGCGGCGUCGAGGGUGGCGCUGCCCGCGCAGGUCGCGCGCACGCAGGGCGUCGCCACCAAGUUCAUGCUCUGCCUCCCGAGGACCGGUGCCGGCGUGGCGAUCUUCGGCGGCGGCCCGCUGUUCCUCAUGACGAGCACCUCGCCGCCCGCGGAGGUGGGGGUUGAUCUCACGACGCUGACGCGCACCCCGUUGCUCAGCAAGAGAGGCAGCUCCAGCUACUACCUCCCCGUCAAGGCCAUUGCCGUCGACAAGGCGCAGCUGCAACUCCCGCUCGCCACCGGCGGCGUCGUCCUCAGCACGAGGGCGCCGUACACCGCGCUCCGGCCCGACGUGUACCGCCCGUUGGUGGACGCGUUCGACAAGGCCCUGACGGCGAAGUGGAACAGCAAGAAAGUCAAGGCGGUGGCGCCCUUCGAGCUGUGCUACGAUUCCAAGACGCUCCCGGGCCCGACCCGGAUCGGCUGGCUUGUCCCGGACAUCGACCUCAUGCUCGAAGGUGGAAAGAACUGGACGUUCAUCGCCGGCAGCAACACCAUGGUGGACGUCAACAACUUCACGGCGGCGUGCUUCGGGUUCGUCAAGAUGAUGAAGCCCGAGAAGGGCGGAUACGGCGGGGCGCCGGCAGUGGAGAUCGGAGGGUUCCAGAUGGAGAACCACGUCCUGCAGUUCGACCUGGAGAAGAAGCAGCUCGGGUUCGCCAAGUUGCAGAUUUUUACGGCGUGCAGUAACUUCAAUUUCACGCAGUCUCACUAGACUUCUGACUGCAUGCAUGUAAUGAAACUGUAAACCUGCAUAGGUACAGCAGGUAUUGGUCUCCUCUACUGGAUAGUGGACGCUCAUCGUCCUCGAUCAUAGUUGUCAUCUGCCACGUUCAAUUUGUCACGUAUUUAAGAACUAUCAUUUUGCAAUCAUGUGCACCAUUGUCU